AUUCCUGGGUGUGUUUCUUGAAGAGUUAGCAGCAUUUGGCUGUUUGUGUUGCUUCUGCUGGGUCUGAUAGAUGUUGAAGCUGCGAGUCUUUUAUUUGAUAUGGUGAAGAGUAGAUGUUGAACUUCGAGUGCAAGUUGUUCAUGUUUAGUUCGUACUGUUUCCUUGACUUCUUGCAAGCUCCUAAAGGUGACAAAUUUAUAGUAGCUUCAAAAUGGGGUUGUAUAAACAUUGUAACUCGGAAAUGGCUUGAUCAGUCUAUUGCUAAAAGAGCAUGUCUAAAUGAGGAGUCAUAUCCUGUUCAGGGUGGUUCUGCAUCUUCAAGCACGAGCUUCCGCAGUUUCCUGACAUCAAAGUGUAGCCAGGAGAAGACUACCAGGCAGUUGCCAUCUGAGAAAUCCUCAGCUGCUAUUGAUUCAAACUCAGCUGUAUGUCAAUCAACUGGUUUCACAGAUUCGGAUGUGGAAGCAACUCUCUCUCAGAACAUGUCUUCUAUGUUCUCGGAUCCUUUCAUAUAUGUCAAAGAAGCCAAGAAUGAGGUUCCUGUAUUGCAGCCGACAAAUGAAACAGGCUUUAGUAAUUGUGUUGCCAAUGAUUCUGAAUCAGAAGACAACGAUUUAUACCUGGCUGAUUGUAGGAUAUCACUUGUUGGCUUUGAAUCUUCUGAAUCACGUAAACUAGUUAACAUGGUGCGCAGAGGUGGGGGCUCCCGUUACGUGGUAUUGAAUGAUCAGUUGACACAUAUUAUUAUCGGAUCCCCAACCGAGGAUGAAAAAAGAGAGCUAAGGAGCCUUGCUGCUUCUGGGGUAAUUUAUGUAGUUAAAACAACGUGGCUUGAAGAUUGCGAUCGGGAAAAGAGAGAAGUUCCUGUUCUUAGACAACAUGUGGCCUAUGAAUUACUUCUCCCUAAAGAUUCUUUGAGAUUCAUAAAGGCGUCUACCGAUGGCAUAAAAAAGCCAGAUAGUUCUUUUCCAAGUGUACACUCCGGAGAGUUGAUUGUGGACUCUGGAAUUACAGAGGAACAUGGACAUCUAGAUUCUGUCAAGGCAGCGACAUUCCCAAUAGAGAAGAAGAAAGAGGAGAAGCAAGAAGUCAAUUUUGUUGAUCAAGCCUCUAAUCCAGAUGCAACCACUAGACAAGUUCAGGAAAACACAUUUCCUGUGCAUAAUGAUACAAAAGUUGUUGGAAAGAGGACAAGCCGUGAUUCCUAUGAUAACAAGUCUCAAAACAGGAUACACGAAGCUGUAUUUAAGGGAAAAAGCUUCUGCUUUUCAAAGAGCUUUCCUGCAGAUAGGAGAACGGAGAUCGUUGAGUGGAUCAACCAAGGUGGUGGUGCAUUAGUUGAUGAUGAAGUGCAAAAUGUGGAUUUCACAAUUGAAUGCCAUGGUAUCAUACCCACAUCGAUGCCCCACACUGCUUUUGUUUCCAGUCACUGGGUUCGUUCUUGUUUAGAGGAUGGAAUCCUGCUAGACAUCGGCGGUCACAUCCUCUAUUCCCCUCUUCCAUGUCAGGUUCCUUUGCCUGGUUUUGGAAGCUUCCGGCUUUGUGUUUCUCAAUUCAGCGAGAAAGACAAGUCCUUGUUCAUAAACUUGUGUGUUGUUCUCGGAGCGAAAUUUGCACACAAGUUGACAAGAAAGGUCACUCACUUACUCUGUAAGGAAACCUGUGGACCCAAGUAUGAAGCUGCUUGUAGAUGGGGGGUACCCUCGGUUACAGCCGAGUGGAUCUAUGAGUGUGUCAGACAGAAUAAAGUGGUUGAAUUGGCUCCAUUUCGCCCAAAAGAAGUUAGCCAGCAGGACCAGGAGACUGACUUAGCCAGUGUGAGCCAAUUCCCUUCUGAAGAUGUUUGGAUGACACAUGGAGAAACAACAUCAGAGUUGAGAAGUCAGUCGCAAGACGUCACUGAGGCCCAAGUCUUAACUCUUAAGAACAAAAUUAGCAGUAUGGUGGGAGUGGCCACACAAUCCAUAAAUCAGUCUAAAAAGGCACGUCAUGUGGAAACUGAUGACCGAACGAACCUGCCAUCUUCUCGAGUCUACUCAGGAGAUUGUAUAAUCAACAUGAACUCCAAUGACGGUUUCAACAACAUAAGCUCCACCAUGGGCGGCAAUGGCAUAGACAGCAGAGAUUCUUCCCAUAUUGUUCCCGAUGUAGCUGCCGCUAUUGAGGAUUUAUUAGAACAGACAAGCAAAAUUCACGAACACAAGUCACCUGAGAGAACUAUUUGUGACAAAAGCCUUUACCAACCUCCUGAAUGUCAAAUGCUCAGUGAUGACCAUGGGGGCCCUUGUUCCGUCAGCGGGGUACCGAAGCAAUGGUCGAACAGGACUGGGAGAAGAGACGAAUCAUCCAAAGACGCAAAUAGAGGAAUUUAUGAUGGUUUCAGCGAGACGCAAACGGAUUCCCAGGUUGUUAGUUAUGAAGAAGACUUGACAGGCAGACAAAUGCUUAUCGAUAGAGUUCGAACUCGAAGUAGCAUGGCUUGAAGUAGGACAAAUAUGUGAGUAAGGCACCUCUAGAACGACCAUAAAUGUCACGUAGUAUGCAUAGAUGGAGUUUGAAAGAGAAAUGUGCUGCGGCUAUCUCAUUAAAGGUUAGCAGCAAGUCUUGUGGAUUCUCACUCUAGUUUGAAAAACCUCCAUUUUCCCUAACCUCUUAACGUGUGUCUUUUCCCAGGGUUGUCCACUCCACCUCAUGGUGAUCCGUGGUAGCGCAAUGUUUUUUCCCCCUACUUUUUAUUUUUUGCUUUCCUCUGCUAUUUCCGUCAUUAUGGCCUUUCCCCUUUCCUUAAGUGUAAUCGUCCCACAAGCCUGUUUUUGGAGAUGUUUUGUUCUUUCUGAUCUGGUUUCUCCAAAUAUGUGCUUGCAUGGUGGUCGUUUAAGGGAGCCAAGAGGUUCUGUCUUUGGUUUGUGGUCUGUAUCAUAGUUGAUGUGUUCAUAGUUUCAUACUCUUUGCUUUACUCGAUGUUCGUGGGUUUUUAGUGGAUUAGUAGUCUUCAUCUACAAGGGUACAGCCAAUCUUCAGUGAUUGUUGAUUGCAAGGUUGUUUUCACUGUGGAUGCUUUGCUUUGGGUCUGGAGGUUGGUGUGUUCAUCUUCUCUGUUGAAUACAUUCAACAUCUUCCUCUACAAAGUUCUCUAGUGUUCUGCUUAGCUUCCUCAUCGAUCGUUUGAAGAUGGCGACGAUGUCUCUUUCGCUCCAUGUGUUCAUGGUAUUUGAAGAACUAGAUUGUUUGCUUAGUGAUGUUUUGGGAGUGGGCCUUUACAAUGUGUUCUAUAAACGUGCUUGUUUGGACGAGUUAUUGAUUGUGGUAUGAUAUUUGUGUCCGUUGAUAAAUUUGGGUGUAGAAAUGUCUUGUUUGAAAUAAGAAAAUUUGUGAGUUAUUUGCAUGUAGUAAUGUAGUAUCAUAAAAGAGAAAAGUGGAGGAAGGAAUGACCGAAUGAGUUAUUUAGAAUAACUCGAGUUUCGGUUAUUUGGAAAUAACACUGAUUGAAAUAACUCAUGAGUGAAUUGAGUUGUUUGAUGGGUUACUAUGCCCUUCAUUUAAAUAACUAAGGGGUCGUUUGGAAGUUGUGUAUCUUAAAUCGUUGUAUUGUUAUGAAUCACUAUGAUAUAAAUGCAUGCAUUGAUACAAUAGAUGCAUUUUGAAAUUACAUUGUUUGGUUGUUGAGAUUAUAAUUUAUGAAUUGAUUGUUAUAAAGUUACUUUAUAAGGAAAUGUCAUAUUUGUCCUCCACUUUUAAUAUAAAACAAAAAGAACUAUGGACAUAAUUGGAAAAAGUAAAUGUGCUCAAUUAUUAAACCAACAAUCACAACAAUCUCAGCUUUUAGUUGAGAUUGUCCAAUCUCUCAUUUUUGUUGAUUGUUGGUGGGACCCACACAAAAUAAUACAUGCAUUGUUUUGCA